UCACACGUGCAGAUGUAACAUACAUAAUACUAUAAUAUAUUAUUAGUUAUCCAUAAUAUUAUACAGUCAUGCUUUACCUGAUUGGAUUAGGAUUAGGUGAUGCCAAAGAUAUAAGUGUCAGAGGUCUUGAAGUGGUAAAGAAAGCAAAAUCGGUUUUUCUCGAGGCCUAUACAUCAAUUCUCUCAGUCGACAAGCUUGCACUGGAAGAGUUAUAUGGCCGUGAAGUGAUAUUGGCUGAUAGGGAACUAGUAGAGCAACAAGCAGAUAUUAUCCUUCAAGAUGCAAAAUCCGAAGAUGUUGCAUUUCUCGUAGUUGGAGAUCCAUUUGGGGCCACCACACACACUGACCUUGUCAUUAGGGCUCGUGAACAAAACAUUCCAUAUAAGGUACUGCAUAAUGCAUCAAUAUUGAAUGCUGUUGGAUGCUGUGGUUUACAGCUAUACAAUUAUGGAGAGACCGUUUCUAUUGUUUUUUGGACAGAUGAUUGGAAGCCUGACAGUUUUUAUGACAAAAUAGCAGCUAACAGAAAGAGAGGACUUCAUACUCUUUGUUUAUUGGAUAUUAAAGUCAAAGAACAAAGUGUUGAGAAUCUGAUGAGAGGACGGAAAAUAUAUGAACCUCCACGCUAUAUGACUGUUAGUGAAGCUGUCAAACAAUUACUUGAAGUUCCAAAACUUCGCAAUCUGAAUAAGGAAGAAGCAGCAUAUGAUGAAACUACACUUGCAGUGGGAUUGGCCCGUAUAGGGAGCAAUGAGCAACAAGUAGUCUUUGGGACAAUGAAAAGCUUGUUAUCACAUGACCUUGGACCUCCAUUACAUUCCCUGGUAGUUCCUGGGGAAAUGCAUUUUCUCGAGAAAGAAAUGCUAUAUAGAUUUGCUGUUGAUAUCAAUACAGAUGAAACUUAGAAUAAAAAUACAUUGGUUACGAUAUUUAUUGAUCAAA